AUGAUUAACCAAGUAGUGGAGGAAAAUAAGGAGAUAAAAAAUCAUGUGUCUAAAUUGACCAAUGCCUUAACUGUGGGAGAACGUGGGAAAUCUUCAGCACAAGCUCAACCUAAUCCUAAGGGACAGCAUAUGGCUCAAACCUCAGGUUCAGGAGAGAGUAACUUUAAAGAAGCAAAUGCCAUCACCCCUCGAUCUGGGAAGGUUAUAGAACCAAUUUCAAAACCUAGGGAAAAUGAAAAGGAGUCUAGUGAGUCUGAAGAAAGUAGCCCUAGUGAUGAGGCAGAAGGAAAUCCAUCGAAGGACUUGUGCACUAUGAAGAGGAAACACAUUGUCAAAAAGACUGCCUUCUUAACCGAACAAGUGAGUGCUGUGAUUGAACAAAGGAUCCCACCUAAAUAUAAAGACCCUGGCUGUCUAACUGUUUCCUGUGUCAUCGGGAACCAUGAGUUUGCACAAGCUCUCCUUGAUCUGGGAGCCAGUGUUAAUCUCAUGUCCCAUUCCAUAUACUUACUAUUAGGUUUUGGUGAAAUUAAACCCACUUCUGUGGUUCUACAACUAGCCGAUAGAUGCACUAUAAGACCUAGGGGAGUAGUUGAAGAUGUGUUGGUUCAAAUUGAUAAAUUCUACUACCCCGUUGAUUUCUUAGUCUUGGAUGUGAAGGUUGAUGUUAAUGUUGAAUCUAAAAUUCCUAUUAUUCUUGGUAGACCUUUCCUCGCCAUAGCUAACGUCCUUAUAAAUUGCAGGAAUGGUUUAAUGAAAUUAUCUUUUGAGAAUAUGACUCUAGAAGUCAACAUUUUCCACAUUGCUAAGCAACCAAUGGAAAGUGAUGAGUACCACCACACACAUAUGAUUGAGGCACUCACUCAGGAGGAGGCACUCACUCAGGAGGAGGCACUUGAGACUACAAAUUCUGACCCCUUAAAUCUUUUUCUUUUGAAUUCUGCAAUUCCAGACUAUGGGACAUCACCAUGGCAACCCAAAUUUGAAGAAUUGCCAGAAAGGACGGGCGGCCAGCGACCAUCAAGCAUUGAGAGCCCCAAACCAGAUUUGAAACCGCUACCCCCAGGAUUGAAACAUGAAUUCCUUGGACCAGGUGAUACUUUUCCUGGAAUUAUUUCUUCAGAAUUGGAUGCAUUACAAUGUAAGCAACUUUUAAACAUUCUGAAUGAACACAAAUCUGCAUUAUGUUGGACCAUAGCUGACAUUAAGGGUAUUAGUCCUCUAAUUUGCUCACAUAGGAUUCAUUUAGAAGAAGGAGCCACCCCUAAAAGAGACCCAUAG